AUGGCUGCCCAAAACAACGCCUCAUCCUGCCAGUCACGGCCAGCGAACACCAACAAAUAUCAACAAUCCGACCCAAAGUCAAACAAGAACCCAACCAACGCUAAUCCAAAGGACUCAUGCAACGACAAACCAAUCCAAUCAGAAUCUGAAGCAAACGACGACAACCAAGCAACUUUUACAAGUGAGAUCACCGAAUUUGCCCAGGAGAGGAAGACCGAUAUUGGUAAAACGUUAUCAACAACCGCAACGAUCCCAACAAUUGCAGCAACAGCAAGGACAUUCCUUUUUGAAGAAUUGCGAGAUAUUGAGCCAGGAAUCUUAUGCUCAACUAUUGAAUCAAAGCCAAGCAAUAUCGUCUCAGACCCAGCUAUCGAAUCAAAUAAAUCCGAAUCAAAUUCAAUUGUCGAAUCAGAACCAGAAUCAGAAUCAUCCGACGCUUAUAUUGAAUCGCAAUCAAAUAUUGAAUCAAAGUCCGCUACAGAAUCCGAAUCGUACUGCAAAUCAAAUCCAAUUAAAUUGUACAACGACUCAACCAAAUCUGAACCUGGCACGGACAGAGUUUUUAAGGAAUCACCAAAACCAAUUAAAUUAUACGACGACUCAACCAAAUCUGAACCGGGCACGGACAGAGUUUUUAAAAAACGCCAGAGCAGCUAA